AUGUUGGUAGUUGUGGCUAGCAUAUGUUUGCUGGCGUCGGUACAAGUCGGCGAAGCUUUUGGAAUUAUAUCAAGCAGACGAUACAGAGCGAAUGGGCCGGCCCCAGUAAUAAGAAGAUCUUUCAAACUCCACCGUCGUGUCCCUUUACCCGAGACAACGUCUUCUGACAGCCCCACAAGCGCGACCGAAAGUACCAGUAGCGAUGCUGCCGACAGCCCUACAAGUACAAGUCAAGACAAACCAACUGAAACUACCGGUAGCGACAGCCCAACAACUACAAGUAAAGACACAUCGACAGAAACUACCAACAGUGACAGUACCGACAACUCAAUCACUACAGAUAAUAGCACACCAACCAAAUCUGCUAGUACUGACACAUCGACAGAAACUACCA